AUGGCAGAUUUUAUGACCUCAACGCACAAGGCAAAGUGGAUAUUCGCUCCUCAGGAUCUUAAGGAAAAAUACAAGGAUGCUAAUAAACGAGCUAAGCAAGCACUUGAAAAGUAUGGGGCAACAAGGAUGGAAGUAGACAUUGAUGGAUCGUUCACUUAUAUUGAACAUGAACGUGAUGCAAGAGAUAGUUCUGAGAAGCAUUCACGCCCAAAAGCUCUCAAGAUAGAAGAAGAACAACUACUUCGGGCUUUUUAUGAGUUCAAAAUCCAAGAUGUUUGUGACGCCUUCAAAUUCCCACGUAAAAUUCAGGCUACCGCUCUUAUUUAUUUUAAAAGGUUCUAUUUGCAAUGGUCCGUGAUGGAACAUCAUCCAAAAAAUAUCAUGCUGACCUGCAUAUAUGCUGCUUGUAAGGCAGAGGAGAACCAUGUGUCAGCAGAGGAGCUUGGGAAAGGGAUCGAACAGGAUCAUCAAAUGAUCCUUAUUAAUGAAAUGCUGGUUCUUCAGAGUCUAGGAUUUGACCUUAUUGUUUACGCACCCUAUCGGGCGCUUGAUGGCUUUAUUAGUGAUAUGGAGAGUUUGCAUGAAUCUGCUAAAGCUGAAGUUGAUAAAACUAUGAGGAGUGAUGCUCCCCUUUUGUUCCCACCAGGGCAGCUGGCACUGGCAGCUUUACGAAGGUCUUCUGAGUUUCAUAAAGCUGUUGACUUUGAGAGGUACAUUAAGAGCAUGCUAUCUCGGCAGCAUUCUGCUGAUAAGUUUUCAGACCUCACACUUUCCCUAAAUACCAUUGAUACGCUGAUAAAUAAGCUCGAGACUCCUACCUCGAAAGACGUUAAGCACAUUGAUAGGAAGCUCAAGUCAUGCUUGGACCCAAGCUCCCACGACAAGAGUAAGAAAAGAAAGCACAGAUCAAAGGAUAGUUCAACGGGAGUGCACGGCAUGCCAUAA